AAAACCCUAUUUUCUCAUUCUCUUCCUCUCUUCUCCUGGGCAGCCGCCACCCCUCCACUCUCAAAUUCUCUAGUGAGAUCGACGAAGCAGCAGCUCCAGCGAGAUGAGCUAGGCGGCAUGACUUGUCCUCUCCUCCUCCUUUCCUCUUCGGUCGCUCACCUUCUCCUCUUUCCUCCCUCUGUUUUUCCUUCUUUUAUGUUCUCUUCUCUAGGCGAGGUCACCGGCGGAAAGCUCGACGAGACAGCAACAGCCGGACGUCAGCAGCUCGAGCGAUCUCCACCAGGCAGCAGCGUACUACGGACAGCCAGUUGUCGGUGCGUCCAUCCCCUCUUUCUCCAGCAAUAAAAAUUGCUCUGGCUAGCAGCAACAAUAAAAACCAACCAGUGAGACCCUUGAGUCUACAUUCCUCCUCUCUCCGGAAGUUUGAGUCCGAAGAUGGAUAUCAACAGAUCUGUCCAAGUAAUCAUGAUAUCUAUGAGGUGUGAUAAAAGACCAAGGGAUAAACUAGUCAAAAUGGUCAAUGAUCCCCCAAAGUUCAUAAUCACAGAUAAAACCCCACAAUUACUAAUGGAUUGGUGGAAAGAUAUGCAUGAAUUUAGGCGGACUGAGAUAUUCAAACAUCUUGAUUUUCUUUCAGAUAUUAUGAGAUUUAGUCCUGACAGAGAUUUGAUCGAGGCUUUGAUCCCGUUUUGGGAUUCCACAAAUAAUGUGUUUCGAUUUAGUGAUUUUGAGUUGACGCCUUCAUUAGAAGAAUUGGGUGGUUUCACAGGUUUAGGCCAGGAUCUUCGAAUUAAAACACUGAUAGCCCCUAGGAGUGUCAGCAGAGGUAAACUUCUAGAACAGAUGGACAUCAUACAUCUUCAUGAGGAGUGUUUUGAUAAUUGGUUGGUUUCUUUGAAAUUCUUGUACUCAAGAUAUAAAAGAAGGAAGGAUUUUCAAGCCAUGGGAAACAACUUUAAAAUGGACAACACCUCCCUACUUGGGAAAAACAUAGACAAGAAGCAUUCAUGGUGGCAUUCUUGGGAUCUAUGAUUUUUUCAAGGAAGGAUAAAAAAAUCAAUAUUCGUCUAUCAGGAAUAGUAACUGUUAUAAUGAAUAAAAGAAAAUCCACUAUAUUGCUGAUGAUGUUGACUGAUAUUUAUCGUGCCUUGACUAAAUGUAAAGAGGGGAGAGAUUUUAUUGAAGGUUGUAGCAUUUUAUUGCAAAUGUGGUUUUUGGAGCACCUAUAUCGCCACCGUUUUGCGACAGAUUUCAAAUCCGAUUGGACGAAUUAUAUUUUAAGCCACCCAGACAGGAUGAAAGAAUUAGGAGACAAAUUUCCAAAAGGUGUCAAAGCAUGGAGACAUUAUCUUCUUAAAUUGACGGCAUCUAAAUUUACAUGGAACUAUAAUUAGUUCCCUGCUAGUGAGGUAAUUGUUAUGUCUUUCUAUCGUCCAUUCUUCGUUCUGACAGGCCUUCUUGGGUUCCAAACAUACAUACCCCUCCGAGUUCUAUGCCAACUAGGACAAAAAAUAAAUUUUACUUAAGCCAAGGAUAUACAAAAUUUUGUGUGGGAGGUAGUAUUUGAAGAUUGAGAUCGAGAAUUAGAUGCCCAAAAGAUUUGGGGUGGUAGUCGAACUUUAAGUUCGAAAGCUAUGGUUGAUGAUCACGUUGAAGGAGAAGUUGACCCCUUAUACCUUCAUUGGUUCUUUGAUCAAGCCCCUCUCAAUGUAAUACCCGAACGAUCAGCGCGAGAAAUCAUAGAUCGAGAAGAGGAAAUUGAAGUAAGAAUCAAGCAUGCCCGACUCGAAGUGGAAAGAAAUUAUAGGUCUACUUUAGAUAUCCUAAGCAAUGACCUAAAAAAUGUUAAACAAGAGUUGGCUCGACGUGAUGCAAUAUUCGAGGAAAGAGUUACAUUGAUUGAAAAAAAGGUUGAAAAGAAGCAUUUAUCUACUAUUCAAACACUACAUGAAGAUUUGGGCAUUGUCACUCCAAAUGCAUGUCAUGUUUUAAAUUGUCACAUACUUUCAAAUAAGAUUCUUUUCACUCAUUUAAACAUUUUCUCAUGUAUCUACUACUUCUAAAGACAUAAUUUUUCCUUCAUAACCCUUUCAUUAGUGUCA